AUGGCAUUCAAAACCUGGCUUGUUACUGGCGCAUCUUCUGGCCUCGGAGCCGCAAUCGCAGAGGCAGCCCUCCAAGCCGGUCACACAGUAAUCGCCACGGCCCGCAACCCCACUAAAGCAGCUGAAGCCAACCCGCAGAUCUCAAACCUCGGCGGCAUUUGGAUAAAGCUUGACGUGACGAGCUCCGACACCAUCAAAUUAGUGGAACAUGCGGUUGACGAGGCUGGCGGUGUUAUUGAUGUUGUUGUCAAUAAUGCCGGGUAUUCUUUACUGGGCAGUAUCGAGGACAUGAGCGAGGCCGAAAUCGAGACUCAGUUUAACACAAAUGUUUACGGUCCCGUUCGUGUGUUGAAGGCUGUUCUUCCUUUCAUGCGGGCGAUGAAGUCUGGCACUGUUGUCAAUAUUAGCAGCAGCGCCGGGAUCGAUGGACUGCCUGCAUGCGCGAUGUACGCGGGGACAAAGUUUGCUCUUGAAGGCAUGUCUGAAAGCCUCGCGAGAGAGCUAGCAUCAUUCAAUAUUCGAGUGCUCCUCGUGGAGCCGGGAUCACUUCGAACCAACUUUUGGACAGCCUAUGUCGAGCCUGCGGCGUGUAUGAACAAGGACUAUGCUGGGACCCCCCUGGAGCAUGUUCUCCAGGCAUUCAAGUCAAACAAAGGCACCCAGCCUGGAGAUGCUGUCAAAUGUGCCCAGAGAAUUCUGGAAGUCGUAGACGAUACCGGCAUGGGUGCUGGGAAGGGAGACCUAUUUCGCUUGCCACUUGGCUCAGACUGCUAUAAACGCUUUCAAACUAAAAUUGAGAAACUGCAGGACAACUUGCUGCAAGCGAAGGACAUUGCCCACUCAACUAGCUACUGA